GAACCGUUGAAACAAAGCUUAGACGCGGGAACCAAAUCUGAGAUAAAAAUCUGUCGUCUGGGUGACAGGGACUCAAAGCUUAACGUCUGCUUCACAAUGAAGGUCUUCAUCGUUCUCUGUGUUUUUGUUGCUCUAGGUGCUGCAUCUGUUAUCAACGUGCCGUCGAAGCGUCAAGAGACCGUAUGUCAGGAUGAGUGUGAGCCUGGUUCUAACACCUGCCCGCUGCACAAGUGGUGCAUGAACAUCGGCGGCUGUCAUAGGUGCAUGUUCAUUUUACCUAAGCGUCAGAUCGCCUGCCCCAUGUAUAUGUGUAACAGCUUCUGCCCGUACGGUCACAAGGUCGGAGCUGAUGGGUGCGUCACGUGUGGGUGUAACACGGCUCCCGUUGUCUGAUACUCCAGCUGCCAACAUCAUCACACACCAACUGCCAACAUCACCACACACCAACUGCCAACAUCACCACACACCAACUGCCAACAUCACCACACACCAGCUGCCAACAUCACCACACACCAGCUUCCAACAUCCUUGUCAACAGCUGUCCGAUGUUUCAACAUCAGUGAGAUAACAACAUGAAUACAUUGUUCAAGAACCUGUUAAACAGAUAUCGCAAUAAACUACAAGAAAAGUAUUUUCACAUUUGGUAUUUUUUCUUAAAAAAAAAAGCUUCUAAUGUUUUCACUGUCUUAAACAAGAAAAAAAACGCACCUAACAAUAAACAAAAUCAAAAUUG